AUGGGCAAGGAUAAAGUCGAAAAAGAGAAGAAGCGCGCUGAGAAGAAAGAGAAGCGCUCCGAGAAGGAUGGCGUGAGCAAGCCCAAGAAGGAAAAGAAGGACAAGAAGGAUAAGGCUGCUCUUGCCGAUGCGGUCGAGAAGCAGAUCACCUCCCAGGUCAUUGAAGGUCUGGAGAAGGCCAUUCCUGAGGGUGUCACUGCUAAGGGCGAGAUUGACAUUGAUGUCGUCGAUGCUCCUGCUGAGCGCCCAAUUGGUGCUCUCGUACCAUUCGCUGAGCCACUGGUCGAGGACAAGCAGGCUAAGAAGGUUCUUAAGAGCGUGAAGAAGGCUGCUGUCAACAAGUCACUCAAGCGUGGUGUCAAGGAGGUCGUUAAGGCUCUCCGUAAGUCUCCCGUCCCCGCCCCGGACGCAAAGAUCGAUCUCCCCAAUGGCAUUGUCAUUCUUGCUGCCGAUAUCUCGCCCAUGGACGUUAUCUCCCACCUCCCCGUUCUGUGUGAAGACCACGGUAUCCCCUAUGUUUUCGUCACCUCGCGCGCCGAGCUGGGUGCCUCUGCUGCUACCAAACGCCCCACCAGUGUUGUGAUGGUUGUUCGCGAAGCCGGCAAGAAAAACAAGAAGGACCUUGAUGCGGAUGCGGAUGGUGAGGACUUCAGCAAGGUGUAUGAGGAGCUCGCUAAGCUGGUGGAGAAGGAGGCUCAGAAGGUGAACCACUAA